GUGGAUUGAUGGAUGGGCAUUGAGAAAUGAAUAUUGACCUGGUUCUUUGUUUUCAGGCUGACCCUGAAGCUCUGGACCAGGACGGUUUKGUAGAAGACGAUGAUGGAACCAUUGAAGGAAAACAUUUCUUCACAUGAAUACUUCCUCUUCAGUGGCUUCAGUGAGCUUGGAGCUCUGAAAUCCUUCAUUUCUAUCCCCUUCCUGAUUCUGUUCUUUGUGUCUCUGUUUGCCAACUCCCUGCUGAUCUAUGUGGUCAUUUCACAGAGGAGCCUCCACUCCCCGAUGUACAUCCUCAUCGCCUGCWUGUCAUUUGUUGAUAUGUGCCUGCCACUGAUUCUCAUCCCCAACCUGUUGCUGAAUAUCUUGUUCAACGCGAGUGGAAUCUCUCUGAGCGGCUGCCUGGUUCAGAUGUUUUUGAUUCACAUGUUAGGAGCUUGUCAGUCGGCUCUUCUGGUCUGGAUGGCGUUGGAUCGAUACUUUGCCAUYUGCAGGCCCCUUUCCUACCAGGAUCACAUGUCUUUACCUGGAUUCCUCAGGUUUAUCAUCCCUGUUMUSAUCARGGAUGUGAUCAUGGUGUCASYGGUYRYRAUUCURGCAGGUAAAGUGUUGUACUGCUUCAGGAAYGUGAUAAACCACUGYDUCUGUGAACACAUGGCCUUGGUGGAGUUGGGCUGUGGCAGCACAGCCAUCAACAGUCUGGUUGGGUURWURRSMGUBUUYSUGGUCMCURUDKUUGAUUUCUUGUGCRUCACCGCUUCAUAUAUAAYCAUAUUCCRCUCUGUGCUGCGUUCAGGUAAAUCCAGUGCUAAAGCUCUGCACACCUGCUUCACUCACAUCAUCGUCAUCAGUUUGACCUUCUUACUCACGGCUUACUUGGCGUAUCGGAUGAACAACAAUCUCCCAAACGCUGGUCGUGUUUUUGUCAGCAUCAUGUACCUGUUCCUUCCCAGCUGUAUAAACCCGAUCAUCUACGGAGUCAGAACCACCGAGAUCCAAAAACACAUCUGGAGGAUGCUGUCAUCUCGCAAGCUGUGACUUACAGCUGAAACACGAUUUACAUUUUUUGGUUCCAUAUUGUUUAUUAAUAAAAAUGUUUCAAACGUUUGCUUGAUAACAUUUCAGUGUUAAGAGGAUUGUGAUGUUUGUAAGGAAUCACUUUAAGUGUAAACUUUGAGCCCAGGUCACAUUUAUUGUAGAAGCUGUUAUUUAAGCAGCUCAGAGACUCCCAGCAGGAGAGACUAAUGAAGCAGAGCAGAAACCAACGCCAGAGGAACAUGAAGGCUCCCAAAUCAACUCACCUUAACAUCUGCAGAGGAGAAAAUCUGACCUUUUCUGGUUCAACAGGAAGGAAAACGUACGGAAACCUCAGUGAUGAUUAACACAUUUCAUGAGUUUAACUUCACCUUUAUGCUGAUAUGGAGAAUAAACUCUGGAGAAUCUGAUUUAAACCUCCUGCAGCCAAUCACAGUGCUGCUGCCUUCAGGGUCAGCCGUCCUGUGGGACGUCUGGACGUCGGCUAUAAGACGAGCUGAGGGGAGACUCAGCGUCCUGAUGAGGAUCCAGCAGCAGGUAGGACAUUUAACUGGGUUAAUGUUUCAGUUUCCCUCUGAACGUUUCCACACAGAAACUGGAGUUUAUUGAUUUAAGCAGAUCAGAGGUCAGACCUGGUUUUACCAUCAAUACCUGAUCAAUAGCUUCAUGUUUGCUCAGCUGCUUGGUUUUAAUUUAAACCAGUCUAACGAACCAGACACAGUGUUGUGGUGAAUUUCUCUGGUUCUUCUAUUAAUCCAGUUAGUGAUGGAAUCAGGAUUGUGUUCACAUUCUUGCAGUUUUGUUUCUAUAAAACUGUAUUUUUACUUAAUACAGUUUUAAUCCUAAUUUAAUGUAAUUAGGGUUUAGUUAGAAGUUGAGUUUUUUUCCUUCAUUUUUUAAAUUAAAAUGCAAAAAGUAAAUUGAAUUUAACAAAUAUUUAUUUGAUUUUCCUGCAUAAUUCUUUGUCGAUGUUAGUUUACAUGAGCAAAUACUGUCUGUAUUUAGAUAAUAUUAAUUAUCUAAAUACAGACAGUAUUUGUGAAGGAGGUGGUUUUGUUCGGUCACUUUGUGUUUUCUGUCGACUUAACAACGAUCCCAAAAACUAAAGAAACAUUUUAACACGAACUUGCAGAAGGAUUUAAAAUCUGAAGUCACGACCGUCACGACCGUCCCAGAACUUAUUGCGAUAAACAAUAAUAUUGUUGUUUUAAAUGCAAAACUGAAGUUUAAAACUCCAAAUCGUUUCUAAAUCUGGGUUUUGCAGUUUUCUUGACCAGGUUCUGGUUUUGAUCCAGAAUG